AAGACGCCGAUGCAGACAGCCCGGGGCGAGAGUCCCAAACGGGUCUUGCAGGUUCAAAUCGAGUCCGAGUCUCUUGAACUGGAAGACGGACAAACCCGACAAGCCCUACGAACCCCAUCACCCCUCCCCCUCUCUCAGUCGCUGUUACGUCUGUCACCUUCUCACCCCAACCCCGCAUCCACCCGUUGGGAUUAAAAGUGCCAGGAGUAACUACCGAUGCCGCCUCUCAAAUGCCACCCAGGACGUUCGCCCUCGACUUGAGCAGUCGGUGCAGCAGCUAUGUCUGCAAGUCGUGCCUCGACAGUUUGCGGCCCGUGAAUGCCAGCUUCCGACCAUGGCUCGCCAGACCAUCAUCAUCAAGAAGCGCCACCCGACGACCUCAACCACCCCCUCGCAUGCCCCGGCAGGCUGAGGGCAAACCGGACCCCGCAGAGCUUCAGAGAAUCCUCACUGAGGAAUUCGAACGCGGCCCCGACUCCCCCGCCUCUACCUCUGAGAACGGAUUAGAUGUCAAAUUCUUCGACCAGGAAGCCCCCGGGCGAAUUCGGCGCCUGCGCGAUAAUGACGAGUUUGGAGUGGUUGCGGGCGGCUUGGACUCCGAGGUUGAGACGGCCAUCAACGACCUAGAGAAGAAGAUGAUUAGCACCGUUAAGAUGCUGGAGCGCAUGGAGGUGCAGGGCGGGCAAAGCGGGCAGGAAAAGGCAGACAAGCUGCGGCAACAGUUCAAAAAGACCAUCGGGGUGCAAUACAAAGACAAGACUGGUCCAGCGGCCGAAGCGCAUCGGUUGAUGCACAUUCCGAGAUUCACCGGCCCGCGCCAACGGCACGUAACGAACCUGAACACCUUCCUGGCCCGGAACGACGUGGUCAAGGGCGGCAUCCCGAGGGACAGGGACGUGGCAGAAUGCUGGAAGUACUAUUCCGCGGCGAGGAGAUCACUGGCGUCGGCGUGGCAGAACGUGCCGCAAGAAGUGUGGAAUUACCUGUGGAUGAUUCUGUCGUGGAAAGGGGAAGGCGUUCAGAACCCCAACCGCAUGCAACACGUCUACAUCCUCGCCAAAGACAUGCAGGCCGCUGGCGUGCCUUUGCGAGACUCGCAACAACUUCUCGCCAUGGAAGCCAUGUUUAUCGAUGGUUGGCAGGAGGAGGCCAUCGAGGUUUGGAAGAAGGGCGUUGUUACCCUUGGGUCGAAGCCCGAGACCUUCAAAGACUACUGGGAGCUCGGUGUCCGCAUGUGCAGCUUGCACGGAGACACAGAACGGGCACAAAAAGCCGCUGACACCCUUCUCAAAUCCUCGCACCCGCCCAACCCCCGCAUCCUCCUCCCCAUCACACGGGCAUUGGCGGCGAAAAAGGCGACCGCCGACCAGGCCUGGGAGUCGUACACCAACAUGCGCACUCUCCUCGGAGAGACCAUGACAAUCGAAGAUUACGAUGAAGUAAUUGCCAUGUUCCUCACAUCCGACUGCGUCGAGUAUGCUCUGCAGGCCUUUGUCGACAUGAUGUUCUCGCGCGCCAUUGACAUCCGUGGGAAGACUAGGUUGCCGCUACGAGUGGCCAACCAUUUCUUUAUCGGCAAGUGGCUGAAACGACUCAUUGGAGCAGGCGACUUAGAGGGUGCCUACAAGGUGGUGGUCUAUGUCCAGAGCAGGGGAAUAACCCCCUCGCCCAUCCAAGUCAAUGGCCUCAUCGCCGCCUGGUUGAGGUCAGGAUCCGCCGAGAAUGUCGAGAAAGCUGACGCCCUGGCCUGGGACAUGAUUCAUGCUCGUUUGGACUUCGUCAAGUUGCGACAGCGACAGGAUGUCGUCGGAUCCCAUGAAGCCGACGGCACCUCUGUAACCCAGAAGGCCGACGCCGAGCCAGGAUUCAUCUACUACCCGACUCGCGCGACCGCCGAGACAUUCUCCAUUAUCGCAGAAAAUUACUGCUCUCGCGGGCUUCACGACCGGCUGCAGAAGCUGUUUGAUGUCCUCGAGCAAGCCCAGAUCGGCCCGGACAGCUUCCUCAUGAACCAAAUCAUCCGCUCCUACUCCCUACAUGGCGAGGCCGCCGAGGCGGUCAACCUCUACCACGUCAUGACCGAGGAGCAGCACAUCCGGCCCGACGGUCACACCUUCCUCACUCUCUUCAACAGCCUCUCAGUCAACCGCCUCAUCCAGCGCGACCCGAUCCUCACGAAGCAAGACAUCGCCACGGCCCGGCGCUUCUUUCGCGACAUGAUACGCGCCGAGUGGACGUUUGACUCGCCCGACACCCUCGUCCAGCUGCCGCGCACGGUGCUCUUCAGCAUGCUCAAGGCCAAGGACUUCCGCGGCAUGAUCGUCGCCGCGCGCGCCAUGAGGGAGCUCUUCGCUUUCCACCCGACCGAGGCCCUGCUCAUCGAGAUGGCCACGGGCGCCGGCUCCCUGCAGGUCAAGACCAAGCGAAACAUGCAGCGCCUAGUCGGCGGCCGCCACACCAUAGGGAUCCUGAUGAAGAAGCACCGGACCGAGCUGAUCCAAGCCGGCCAUCCGGGCGUGGAGAUGACCGAGGAGGAGCAGGUCAACGAGCUUCACGACGUGCUGGAGAAGCUUGUGCUGCACAAGGCCGGCGCGCUGGACAUGGCCCCCGAAGAGGUGCGGCCGCUGUUGGAGGAAGCCGCCGAGGAAAUGGGCGUGUAUGAUAUUGUCUUCAAGAAGGACCCCGACCAGAUCGCGAAGCACAGGAAGCUCGACAAGCGGAUGCCAGGGUUUGAGCUUAUGUAG